AUGUUUAAAGGUAUCUAUAUUGCAUUAGUCACACCAUUCCAUGAGGAUGGGUCUAUUGAUCAUGACUGUUUAGCAACACUUUGUAACCAUCUUAUUGAAUCUGGAGUUCAUGGCCUUGUUCCCUGUGGCACUACCGGCGAAAGUGCAACAUUAUCACAUCAAGAGCAUCAUGAUGUGAUCAAAACAGUUGUUGCGACUAGUAACAACCGCGUACCGGUUAUUGCUGGUACGGGCUCUAAUGCAACAGCAGAAGCAAUUGAAUUAACCACUGCUGCUAAAGAAGCAGGCGCAGAUGGAUCCUUACUGAUUACGCCUUAUUACAAUAAGCCAACUCAAGCGGGACUCCUUACACAUUUUGAAGCGAUUGCUAAAGCAACACAAUUUCCGCUUGUGCUCUAUAAUAUUCCAGGCCGUACAGCGAUUAAUUUAGAGCCAGAGACUGUUGCAGAGUUAGCAAAAUUACCAGAAAUUGUUGGUAUUAAAGAAGCAACAGGUAUUAUUACGACCUGUACAGAUAUUUUGCGACGUCUUGAAAGACCAUUUUCUGUAUUUGCAGGCGAUGAUGCCAUGACAUUACCUAUACUCUCUAUUGGUGGCUGUGGUGUCAUCAGUGUUGUUGGUCAACUUUUGCCCAACAAAAUGGUAGCUCUGUGGGAUGCUUGGCAAGCCAAAGACCUACAAACAGCCAGUACAAUUCAUCAUUAA